CAGUCAGAUCUGCCUUAAAGACCCACCUGUGUGGGCGCGGACCCCAGUAAUUUACAUAUUCUUUAGAAACACAGUUAUGAUACACUAGCUAUUGAAACGUUUCAUUAUGUAUGUAUUGAUGAUUACGCUUACAAUAAAAUUAUUCUCUUUAAUACGGUUGUCAGUCAGAAAAAUUCAGAGUAUCAGAGAGACGAGUUCCAGCUGAAUGUGACACUGAAGUGUAGGUCUAUGAAAUGUGACACCAGGGAGGAGAGAACUGACAUAUUUCUCAGGUGAAGAAAAGCUCAGGCAAAGCUGAAAGUGUUUCUCCAGUGUUCAACACCACUUGGUGGUUUGAGAGGAACAAUAUUGUUUUUUGGAAGCCAUGAUGACAUUAUGAUAUGAGAUAUAAUACACACGAAAGGACGACACAAGAGCCUUUUUCUAGGAUCUUGUUUGUGGAGUCUGACAGGUUUUAUUAAACCAGAAAAGCAGGAUGAGCCUCUCUGAGGAAUGUGAGGAAGACAGUGCUACCUCCAACAAACACUCAGAUCUAAUCUUCAUUAAGAAAUCAGACUAUCCAGCACCCAGCUGUGUGUCCAUGAAGAGUGAUGAGUCUAUUCGUAUUCCGCCAGGGUUCAAAGAUGAACACCCCUCAUCUGGACACAGUCAAAUCCAGAUAAAGAGAUCAAACUCUGCAGUAACCAGCGGUGUGUCUAUGAAGAGUGAUGAGUCUUUGGAUCCUCGACCAGUGUUCAGAGAUGGAGGCCCCUCAUCUGGACACAGUUUUCUGCAGGGUGCGAGAGACAGAACAGAAGAGAUCAUCACAGAUAAAGAACAUGGUCAUGCUUCUGACACAGUGAAAGUCCAAGAAAACUUCAAACUAAAUCUGAAACAGAAGUUUCAGUGUCUGAAUGAGGUGAUAACAAACCAGGAAACCCCAACACGUCUCAGUGAGAUCUACACAGAGCUCUACAUCACAGAGGGAGACAGUGGAGAGGUCAAUAAUGAACAUGAGGUCAGACAGAUCGAGGCAGCAUCCAGGAGAACAGACACAGAGGACACACCAAUCAAAUGCAAUGACAUCUUUAAAUCCUUAUCUGAACAAGACAAACCCAUCAGAACUGUGCUGACAAAGGGAGUCGCUGGCAUUGGAAAAACAGUCUCUGUGCAGAAGUUCAUUCUGGACUGGACUGAAGGGAAAGCAAAUCAGGAUGUCCACUUCAUAUUUCCACUUCCUUUCAGAGAACUGAAUUUGAUGAAAGACCAAACACUCAGUUUGGUGGAUCUUCUUCAUACACGGUUUAAGGAGAUUAAAGAAAUGGAAAUAUCUGGAUCUCACAAAGUUCUGUUCAUAUUUGAUGGUUUGGAUGAGUGUCGUUUAGCUCUAGAUUUUCAGAGCACUGUGAGAUUGGAUGAUGUCACUCAGUCAUUCUCAGUGAAGGUGCUGCUAACAAAUCUGAUCAAGGGAAAUCUGCUUCCCUCUGCUCUCAUCUGGAUCACCUCCCGACCUGCAGCAGCUGAUCAGAUCCCCUCUGAGUGUGUGGAUCGACUGACAGAAGUACGAGGGUUCAGUGACCCACAGAAGGAGGAAUACUUCAGGAAGAGAAUCAGGGACCAGAGUCUGACCAAUGGAAUCAUCACACACCUGAAGACAUCAAGAAGCCUCUACAUCAUGUGCCACAUCCCUGUGUUCUGCUGGAUUUCAGCCACUGUUCUAGAGAGAAUGUUGGGUGAAGCAGAGAGCGGAGAGACCCCCAAAACUCUGACUCAAAUGUACACACACUUCCUCAUCAUUCAGACAAAGAUCAUAAGAGAAAAGUACAUAAAGAAGCAGAAGACAGAUGAAGAAAUACUUCUAAAACUGGGACGACUGGCUUUUCAGCAGCUGAUGAAAGGAAACCUGAUCUUCUAUGAUGAAGAUCUGAGAGAGUGUGGCAUCGAUGUUAAAGAAGCAUCAGUGUACUCAGGUGUGUGUACACAGAUCUUCAGAGAGGAAUCUGGGCUGCACCAGAGUAAAGUGUACUGCUUUGUUCAUCUGAGCAUUCAGGAACAUCUUGCAGCUCUAUAUGUGCAUCUGACCUUCAUGAACCAGAAGAGAAAUGUGCUUAAACAGAGUCAGUCCUCUAAACUGAGGAUCCUCAGAAGAAAACAGAUUACAGACGUACACAAGAGUGCUGUGGAUCAGGCCUUACAGAGUAAGAAUGGACAUCUGGAUCUCUUCCUUCGCUUUCUUUUGGGUCUCUCACUGGAGUCCAAUCAGACUCUCAUACAAGACUUAGUGACACAGACACAGAGCAGCUCCCACAGCAAAGACAAAACAGUUAAAUACAUCAAGAAGAAGAUCAGAGAGAAUCCCUCUGCAAAGAAAUUCAUCAACCUGUUCCACUGUCUGAAUGAACUGGAUGACCGUUCUCUAGUUGAGGAAGUUCAGCAGUGCCUGCAGUCUGACAAACUAAACCGAAGAAAACUCUCUUCUUCACAGUGGUCAGCUGUGGUCUUUGUACUGCUGACAUCAGGAGAUAAUCUGGAUAAAUUUGACCUACAGAAAUAUAACAGAUCAGAUGAUGUUCUUCUGAAGCUGCUUCCUGUAGUUGCAGAAUCCAGAACAGCUGAUCUUUCAAGUUGCAGUCUGCCAAAGAAAAGCUGUGCAGCUCUGGCCUCAGUGCUCAGUUCAGAAUCCUCCAGUCUGAGAGAGCUGAAUCUGUCUCUGAAUAAACUAGGAGAUUCUGGAGUGAAGCUGCUCUCUGCUGGACUGGAGAAUCCUCUCUGUAAACUGGAGACACUGAGCAAAACCUUGUGAGUGUGACGCAUCGGGAAGAUUCGGACUUCAUUUCCCAGCAUGCAUGUGGAGAUCACAUGUCCACAUGCAAAACAACUUCCCUUGGACUCGGAAACCGAAACAGACUCCUUUGCCCACAAUCCUUCAGGAGAUCACAUGACAUCAGACGAUAGCACACGCACCUAUCAGCUCUCCCGAUCGCCUGAAUACUAAUGUGGUGCACCUGUGUAUCUUGUCAUAUGACCGUAUUAGUUCAGUAUAUAACCCCGGGCUUUAGAUGUAGACAUUGCGAGGUAUUGUUUAUUCCAAGAACUUACCGAGCGUUAUAUUUCUGAUUGUCUUUGCCUGUUAUGACCUGUGCUUUGUUUCCCUGACCUUGUUUUUUGCCUAACCCCUUGGUACUUCUGCCUGCUGUUUGUGGAUCUGUGUUUUUGACGUUUUGGCUUGUUCUUUGACCACGAUUUUUGCUUUAUCCCUUUGAUCUUGACUGCCUGGUAUUAUUAUCACGAUUGUGAUCUGGCUGGCUUUUUUGGAUUUGACCCACGCCUGUUUUCUGACCACGGCUUUGCCUGACAAUAAUAAAACAACUGAAUUCUGUUGAAUUGUCACAGUGAGAAACAAUAAAAAAUAUGGUAUUUAAGAGAGA